GAAGGGGAGUAGGAAAGGCCCGUAACCCUGCAGCUCGGAGAUCGGGCGGCGGGCCCUGGACGGUGAGGAAGUGUGUGUGCAAGCUGGAGCUCGCUUGCUGAGUGGCUCUCGGCCUGUGACCUUCGCCUCCCACUGGGUGGAGCAGGGCCUUUCGCAGCAGUUGGAAUGCAGCUCCCCUGAUCCGCUUAGCCAGUUGGUGCCUGUCUGAACCCCUGCCAGUCCUGGACAGCCACGCUCAGGGCUAAACCCGCAGGCCUCCUUCUGCACCCUGUCCUCUGUCCGUGUGGCCCCAGCAGAUCAGCUCCGGGGAGGAAGGCCGUGCGCACCUGUCCAGCCUGUCCAGCCAUGGGAGAGGACGCCGCCCAGGCCGAAAGGUUCCAGCACCCGAGCUCCGACCUACGCCCCGAGAAGACCUCGAGCCCCAGCCCCAUGCCCUCCUCCACGCCCAGCCCCAGCCUGAACCUGGGGUGCACGGACGAGGCUAUCAGGGACAACUCGCAGGUGAAUGCUGUCACGGUUCACACGCUGCUGGACAAGCUGGUGACCAUGCUAGACGCUGUGCAGGAGAACCAGCACAAGAUGGAGCAGCGGCAGAUCAGCCUGGAGGGCUGGGUGAAGGGCAUCCAGGGCGACCUCGCCAAGCUCUCCAAGUGCCAGGCCUCCACCAGCAGCACGGUGGGCAAGCUGCUGGAGAAGUCGCGCAAGGUGAGCGCGCACACGCGCGCUGUCCGCGAGCGCAUGGACAGGCAGAGCGCGCAGGUGAGGCGGCUGGAGAGCAACCACGCCCAGCUCCUGCGUCGCAACCACUUCAAGGUGCUCAUCUUCCAGGAGGAACACGAGAUCCCUGGCAGCGUGUUCGCGAAGGCGCCGGCCUCCAGUGCCGUGGAAGGGAAGGGCGAGCUGGAGGGCGAGAACCAGGCACUGGAGGACACACUGCACGAGGUGGACCUGUCCUCGGAGGACGAGCCACCCCGCGAUGAGGAGGCCCUGGAGGACAGUGCUGAGGAAAAGACAGAGGAGAGCAGGGCAGAGAAACUCAAGAGAUCCAGUCUCCGGAAAGUGGGCAGCCUCAAGAAAGCCUUUUCCCGCCAGAACAUCGAAAAGAAGAUGACCGAACUGGGCACAAAGAUCGUCUCCGUGGAAAGGAGACAGAAAAUUAAGAAAUCCCUCACUUCUAACCACCAGAAGACAUCCUCAGGGGGCAAAAGUUCUCCCUUCAAGGUUUCUCCCCUCACUUUUGGGCGAAAGAAAGUGCGAGAGGGGGAAAGCCUGGCGGAGAACGAGGCCAAGUCAGAAGAGAUGGCAUCCAAUGACCAGGAGGAGGGCUCCCUGGCAGAGGGCCAUUCUGCAGCAUCGCUGCCCAGUGCCCUGGAUGAGGGGGAGGCGGAGAAGGUGGCCCCAAGAAGGAGCAGCUCAGGGAUGGACAGCAAUGUGGACCUGACCAUCGUGGAAGGUGAGGAAGAAGAACCAACGGCCCUGGAACAAGCCCAGAAGAAGCACCAGGAGGAGGAUGGCUGCAUGCUGGCUCCAGAGGCGACAGAGCGGGCGGCCAUGCUGCAGGUGGACCAGAGUGCCUGAGCACAGCCAGACCCCACACCUGCCUUCUGUCCCCAACACUGCCACACUGUCCUCGCCAGGCACGAGCUCUGGCCGCACCUUAGCCACACCACGCAUGAGUCAUACCAAGCACUCUGCCAUGAGCUCGCGUUUCACUGCGUGCUCAGGGUCCUUUCUGUAUAAUUCCUCCAAGACUGCCCAGAAAAAAGGAAUGGAACAAUUAAAGCGGGAUCCUUUGGGCUGGGUCGGGGGACACUUCAGUUACCAAGAUACCAGGGAUGAAAUGUUACGUUUCCUCCUGUUCAUUCCAUCAGCUCGUUGAUUGUGUAUGAAGGAUACAGCGAAUUUCUGUGUCUCUCUGUGAACCUAAUGAGAGAUUUCUACACGUGUAUACACGUUAUACCUACUUGCAAGCUAAAAACAUAAUUAUAUAGUUUUAAGAAGGAAACACUUACAACAGGUAGAAGGGAAUGUUCAGCAGAUAAUUCAGUUACUAGAAGCCCACUGCUUUACUGCCAAUGAAGGAAAAGUUGAAAGAUGCCCUGUCCAACCAGUGAUCUAGGAUAGGGAAUCAGAUCAGGUUUAAGAAAGAAAAACCAAGAAGAAAAAGUUGGAAAAUAAGAGAAAUGGGAAGCAAGAAUGCCAAAGACACUGAAGGGAAAGAGAAAUAAGCAUGAGCUUAACAGGGAAAUAUUUGCAGUGUUAAGCUUAGUUAUUUUACUCUUUAAAUAACAAUAGUAAAGGAGUUCAUAGAUCCUGGAAUAACAUGUACUGUCCUCACAGUACUUUUAUUUUCUAACAUUUUUAAAUAAUAUAACAUUUAAUAGUGCUAAAACUCUGGGGGUUUUCCCCUUCAUAAAUAAAAAUCACCACAAAUAUUUCUCCGAAGAAUUUCAGAAGAUUUGUCUAACACUGGAAUGAAUAUAAAUCUUCAAAAACUAAUUGACAUGUAUGUUUCUUGUAGCACACUGGAUUGUACUAGCCUUUAAUUUCUCUCAAAUUUGCAAUAACCUUUAUUCUCCGAAUAAGGUAGGUUUAUAAGAUGUUGAAACACCAAAGUUUGGGAAGAGAAGGAAGCUACUUUUUUUUCUUUUCUGCACUUAAUGGUAAUUUUAUUCCAGAUCAUAUUUUAUUUAUACGUUAAUUUCACUGAAUAUUAACAUGUUUCCUAACUUCUGAAUGCAUACUAGUGCUUUGUGCGUGUGUGCACAUUCCUUCAGGCAAGGUCAUAUGUGCUGCUGCCUGACAUUAUACUAAAUAUUGCUUUAUCUACCUUUAAUGACAAGAUGCUAAUAUUUGGUGAAUUUGUGCUUUAAAGAUAGUAGAGCCAGAAAGCAAAUUCUCUACCUGUAGUAGGUACCACUGUGAGUCCAGAUAUGAGCAGAGGUUACCAAGGCAACAUUAACCAACUAUGCUUGGUUUGAGUCAAAAGAAUAGGAUUGACAAGGUGUAUAGAUGAUAUAAACUAUUCAGCUGUGUUCUUACUUUGCACUAAUGUUACCACAAAUAUUGGAUUGUUGCAUUAACAAUGACUGUGUAAAAGAAGAUUAAAUAAACUAAAAAAUUUUUAAAAGUCUA